GCCAGAGAGGAUGGCAAAAGCCUCGUCUCCUGUCAUCAUGGAUGGACUCGAAUCUAGGUAUUCGGAAGCUACCCAAGCUGCGGUACGCCUCUAUUAUGACAAGGUAAACGGACGAGCAGAACCAAUCCUUGAAUCCCCCAGGCAGAUGACCACCAUCGACUAUCCAGAGAUAAUGGAAAGCAAAGUUGAGGAUUCAGAAAACGCAUUAUCAUGCCCUGAAGAACAGGAGAUAUAUCCAAUGAUUGUCAGCUCGUCGGAAAUUUGGAAUUGCGUCGCCGAGCCGUUCCAAACCGCCGCAGGAAAGGCCAACAGUGUCGCUAAUGCCGAGAGCUCAAUCACCACUUCCUUACCUAGCGCAGGAGUUUCCAUAGCCAAUCCGUUGGGGAAAGACCUUGAAGGGUUGGGUAUAGCCCUUCAGAUCUCACAUACAUCCGCUCAACCUCAGCCUCCACUUGUGCCUUCUGCAGCACCUCCACCUCCAGCUGAGUAUAUUUCGAAAGAGGACUUCACCGCGCAGCCCUCACACGGCCUCUGCCAUUACUUGCCCGAAAUCUCACAGGAAAUGGACCAUCCCCCUCCCAUACUGGAUAACUCGUCCAAUCACUCAAUCCCGGAAUGCGAUUACCCUACCCAUGCCAUGAUUCCUUUCGGAGUAUCGCCCUCCGGGGUCCCUUCAAAUAGAGAGUGUCUCAGCGACACGGGAUUUACUCUUAUCCCUGGUACUACCAGUGGACUCUACUCAAAGAAACCGGCUGCACCAUGCGAAGAAACUCUCUAUAGUUAUGUCCCGCCAUCAUCACCAUAUGAUGCGAUUAAUGAUCUCUACGUAACGGAUCCUGACACUACGUACCCGGCCCUCGCAGGAGUAUGUUCGGGGCAACCCCAGGACCAGGAUCCGGAGCUUUGGCCUCCAGAGGAAUCUAUCAUGAACAAUCCUGAUAUCGAGGAUGUCACCAAUCGCUGCCAGGUUCUCAGAGGGGACGCUGUUCCAUUCAGCCCUUUACCCCGCCCCAACUGCGAUCAUUCCGAAACCUCUCAAUUUCUGCGAGAUUAUCAGGUAGGAGCGCAGGAGCAAAUUCGGAAUCAUGAAUUGUAUAAGAGUGUCUAUGAGAGGGAUGCAAAUAUGUGUCUGGGCCCGUUUGUUUCUGAGGAGUUCCAUGAAUUUAACGAAAUCUCCCCCUGGGUCCCCACACUACCGGGCUUUCGAUAUACCAGCUGUACUUGCUGUGGCCGCCACACUUUCAUUGGUGAGGAUACGCUGUGGGAAACACUCGACGAGCAUUGCAGAUAUAAUAUCUCCUUUAGUAUGCUUAGUGCUAGAUUCGAACGCCUUCACGAACGCCUUCGCGAACUUGUACGCCAGUGGAAUGACAUUACCCAAGAACGGAAGGGGAAUUCAAGCGUAAAAAGAGCAGAGAAAGAGAGAUAUCGAGAAGAGUUGGAGAACCAGAACUUAGGGUUAAGGAAUCACCUACCUUCCCCUAUAGAAGGAAGCCUUGAGGGAUACAUCUACCAGUGUAGGGACUCUCAUGACAGUGAUGAGGCUCUUGGCGCCUGGGUUUACGCAGAACUUCCGUCCAACGCCCAUCUCAAUGGAAACAAGCAGUGUCCAAUCACCAGGGAGGACGACAAGAUAAACCCAGAUGCCGAAGAAGUGCCCAAUUGUGGAGCAACAGAAGAAAGAAAAGAAACCAUCCGGAGUAGAUUUUCCAUCGAAGAAGCAGUCUCCUACAACGAAUACAGAGCAAAGUUUCUGGAGAAAUUCCCGACUAGGUUGUUGAAUGGAAUAAGCUGCUGCCGUCAAACAUUUCCACUUGCUGAAGAUCUCCAGGAGCAUUAUGAUGAAUUUCAUAAACAUGAAAAUUUGCCGGAACAUAGCAGAGCAAGAGGAGUGAUCUUAGUCCAAAUUUCACAGAGCCUAGGCGGCCAAGGACUGAUAAAAGCAAAAGGGACUGCAGAGAUUUCUGUAGAGCGUGUCAAAGGAGAGGCCACAACCAAAACAGCGGUGAAAAAUGAAGAAAACAGUGCUGGCAAGAGGCCAAUCCCUACAUAUCCCAUUCAAACGCCUCUGGGAAUGGAAUUUUUCCGAUACGACGACUCCGCUUCAUUUUGGGGCGCGACUUCUUCGCCCCCCAAGGCCUCGGAGAUCAAAUCUGGCCUCAUACCAGUUUUAGAAGCGCCUGUAGAGACAGAAAUACCCCACGGCGACGAGGUUCUGGAUUUGGAGAGCGGGGAGGAUCCCGUGUCUUCGGGUCAGAGAAUGUCAGAACUCGACUUGAGAACUGAUGAGCUGAUUGACGACCCAGAUUAUGGGGAGUGGGUUACCAUCACAGAUACCUCACGCGUUCGUGGGGAUAUUAAGGUGAUUGGUGAUUAUUUUACUCUGAAGCCCCAGCGAUCUGUGGAUGGUGGCGAGUCGGAGUAUGCGGAGACGACCCGCGAGAGGCAGGGCAGUAAGGAGUCCCGAGACUCGGCGGUGGAUCGCAAGGAACGCAAUAAGUUGGAGGAAAGGGGAUCUAUGAACUCCCUGGCAGACUUAGAUGAUGGGGCAGAGGAGGAAGGGAUGGGUUCCAGGGAAGCUCUAGAGCAUUGGGUCGAUGUGGUUAAACUGGAGAUGGAGUGAGUCUUCUUUUGCAACCUACAUGUAGUAGGGACUGCUGUAAAUCUACACACAUUUUAUUUGUUGUAUGGCGUCUGCUUUGUCUCUACCUUAGCCGGAGAAUAGUGAUAUAGAGAAUUGAUGUUGAAAACCCCUG